CGGCCGGUACACUGCACCUCGUAAUGCGCGUGCGGUACUGCUGUGCAUGCGGCUUCCAUACGUCCCGUUACUGUCUUCUUUCAACCGGACACACACACACACACACACACACACUCAUCUCUUUGCAUGUGUAUGCGCGACUCUCUCUCUUCCGCACACACACACGCACACUGAGACGGGACAGAGAUGGACUAUGACAGCUACAGUGUGCUCUAACCGGACACGCUCGUGCGAGUGAGCGAGGAUUUGCACACACACACACACACACACACACACACAUACGCACAUAUUUCUUGACCGGACUUCAUGAGGUGUCCAGUCAUGGAUCUGAGGUCGCUGUUCUUGCUGCUGCUGCUGGUUCAGUUUUCCGUUGAGGGCGAUGCGAAAGACGGCGGCAAACCCAAGAAAGGCAAGAAAGGCAAAAAACCUGUCGUCUGCCCUUCUCAGUUAUCAGCCGAGGACCUCGAUCGAGUUCCUGCCAAUUCGACCAGCAAUAUCCUGAACCGUUUGCUCGUGACGUAUGACUCCCGAAUCCGGCCCAACUUCCAAGGCAUCCCAGUGGAGGAUAAGGUGAACAUUUUCAUAAACAGCUUUGGCUCAAUUCAAGAGACCACAAUGGAUUACCGUGUGAACAUUUUCCUGCGGCAGCGCUGGAACGACCCGAGGUUGCGUCUGCCAACAGACUUCAAGUCCGACGCUCUGACGGUGGACCCAAAAAUGUUCCAGUGCCUGUGGAAGCCCGAUCUGUUUUUUGCCAAUGAGAAGAACGCCAACUUCCAUGACGUGACGCAGGAGAACAUCCUGCUGUUCAUCUUCCGCAAUGGCGACGUUCUCAUAAGCAUGAGGUUGUCAGUGACUCUAUCAUGUCCACUGGAUCUCACCCUUUUUCCCAUGGACACACAACUUUGCAAGAUGCAGCUAGAGAGCUACGGCUACACCACGAAGGACCUGGUGUUCAUGUGGCAGUCUGGUGACCCAGUUCAGAUGGAUGAGAUCGCUUUGCCGCAGUUUGAUGUCAAACAAGAGGACAUCGCUUACAGGAACUGCACCAAAUUCUACUCUGGGACAGGUUAUUACACAUGCGUGGAGGUGAUUUUCACUCUCAGGAGGCAGGUCGGCUUCUACAUGAUGGGUUUCUACGCUCCCACGCUCCUUAUCGUGGUCCUGUCAUGGCUGUCUUUCUGGAUUAACCCGGACGCCAGUGCUGCCCGCGUUCCUUUGGGUAUUCUCUCUGUCCUCUCGCUUACCAACGAAUGCACAUCUUUAGCAUCUGAACUGCCGAAAGUCUCCUAUGUGAAGGCCAUCGAUGUCUGGAUGAUCGCCUGCCUGCUUUUCGGCUUUGGCUCUCUGGUGGAGUAUGCGGUGGUUCAGGUGAUGCUGAACAGCCCCAAGCAGAUCGAGGCGGAGAAGGUGAGGAUGGCGCAGAAGGAGAAAGAGAAAGAAGAGAAGGAGAAGGAAGGGAAGACGGCGUCCAAGGCAAACUCCAUCAACGGUACCGGAGGAACCCCGAUUCAUGUGAACACACUGCAGGUGGUUGAGACUCGUUGUAAGAAGGUGUGUACCUCCAAAUCGGACCUGCGCUCGAACGACUUCAGUAUCGUCGGCUCCCUGCCACGUGAUUUCGAACUCUCCAACUUCGACUGCUACGGGAAGCCCAUCGAGUCCACAAACGCUCUGCUCAAAUCGCAGAACAAGAACGCCAAGAAGCCGGCGCCCCCGAAACCCGUCAUCCCGUCCGCCGCCAAGCGCGUCGACCUGUACGCUCGUGCCCUCUUCCCUUUCUCCUUCCUGUUUUUCAAUGUCAUCUACUGGUCCGUUUACCUGUAAGACCUUCCAAAACCGUGUGUGUGUGUGUGUGUGUGUGUGUGUGUGUGUGUGUGGAUUUCAGCAUGCAUGACUGCCAGGACAGGGUUUCCAGCAUGCACAAAGUGUUUGAGACUCUAAAUAUCUUCCCAAACUGAGGAUGAGGAUACGUGGGGAAACGUGUCCACACGGCAAAAAUAUCCAAUCCAAAUGAGGCUCGUGUGAUGUUUUAAUGAAUAUUAUUAUUUUUUUGGAUUAAGAAAGUAGUCAGGAGCUGCUUGGUGGCAGUGGCAAUUGCCAAAUGGAUGUAGAUUCCUUGUAGAUUUUCUGUUAACUCAGUAAAACAGUAAUAAAUAAAUAAAUAAAUAAAUAAAUAAUAAUAAUAAUAAUAAUAAUAAA